UUUUCUUCAAAAAACGAAUCGUUUGCAACACUUAAUAUAAUUGAUCAUCAUUUACAUCCCCGGCUGACAAGGUGUCAUCUUUCAUUUGAAAUACUAUUCGAUUUCCUAUUUGAAUUCUAAUGUCAGAUGACAAUUAUGGACCAAUAUUACCUCCAAAAUUAAAAGAGACAUAUUCAAAUGAAGUUAAAAUCAUUUUGGAAGAAAAAUCAAUAGGGCCAAAAAUUCCGUCUAAUUUUAGAGAGGUAUUAAGUAAACAUUUUGCCAAUAGUUAUGAAAAUAAAUUAACCAUUAAUGAAUUGGAAGAGGUGGAAGAAUCAUCUAGUGAUGAGCUUGGCCCAUCUUUAGAAAGUUAUAAAAAAGAUUACCAAAAUGAAGAUGCUGAUUUUAAGAAAUUUCUUAGAAUGAAGGAAAAGGAAGAGGAUCAAAUAUUCAAUAAAAGAGAAGAAUGGAUGAUUACUUUACCAAAUAAGCAAAAAACUUUAAACCCUCAAUCUUUUAAAAAGCGUAACUUUGAUACAGGCCACUUUAUUGAUGAAUCUUGGACUGAUACUCCUGGAAAAAAAAGGAUAAAAUCUAAAAAUGACUCAGUUAUUAAAAGACAAAAUAUUGAUAUUUUGGAAAAGCAUUACUCAGAGAAGCAAAAACUUAUCUCUGAAAUUAAGUUAAAACCAUUAAUUGAAAUUCACAAAGACCUGAAAAAGCAUAAAGGGGAUUUAUGACAAAUCGACCAGUGAUUUUGCAUAAAGAAACAAUCAGUUAAUUUCUACCUUCAACAAAUCCAAGCAAAGACACUACGCAUGAUAUCAAAUGGUGCGAGUUAGUACUAUCCCUAUCAGACGAUUAUCACUAAUGUCCGCUAUUGACAGAUUUUAAAAUAAGAACUAGAGGUCCAAUGUUUUAAAAAACUUAACCCGCCUGCCCAGCCCGUCCAUAGUUUUCAAAAAAUAUAUCCGCCCGCCCUGCCCAUUAGUCAAUUCCUUACCCGCCCGCCCAUUAGUCUAAAUUUUUUACCCGUUUUCCCCCCAUUAUUUAAAAAUUUUUUUAAAAUUUAAUUUAUUUCAAUUUUUUAAGCAUCUAAUAAAAAAA